GAGUUGACUGCCAUAGCAACCAAACUAGCGUUUGAAACUUAGCCGUUUUGUUAACUAGCCAUUAGACGUACAACAGUAGAUAACGUUGCGGUUCUUUAAAUUUAAGUUAUAAAGUCGUUUUUUUUACAUAUAUAAUGGAGUCAAACUCGUUAUUUUAUUCGCUAGAGUUCGUUGCAGGAAGUGGAGAUACUCUAAAUAUCGAGCAGAGAACCGCUUUACAAACUUCCUUCGUGAUAAUGAAGAAAAACUACAAAUUUAACCGAGUUUUGUUUUGGGGUAAAAUCCGGUGUUUAAACGGGGAUUAUUUUAUCGCUCAGGGGAGAGGAGAAGAUGAAAUGAAGGACAAAAUGAACCUCUACAGGUAUGAUAUACAGCUUUACAGAUGCUGUCAUCUCUUGUUAAACUGUGAAAAAUACCUUUAAGUGUCUUUUUUUGGUCCUCAGCUUCAACUGCAUGGACUGGUUCCUGCUCCCUCCUGCCACAGACUCCAUGAUGGAGGAGGUGUCCAGAGCUGCAGGAGGUUUCUUCACAGGAGACCCUUCAUUUGUGUACGAACAUGUUGAGAUCAGACAGCGUGCAGAUGGGGAUGAAGAGGAGGAGGUGGUGGUAAGGAGGAAAAGUUCAGCCUUUACCUGAACAUGAACAAACAUACACCCUGAGUGUGUCGUCUAAAAUCAUCUCAGGUCAAAAAAUUUGAAUAUCAUUAAAAAGUUUAUUUAUUUCCAUAAUUCCGCUCAAAAAGUUAAACUUUCAUAGAUUAUAGAUUCAUGGCCCACAAAUUUAAGUAUUUAUUUGUUUAUCCCUCCUCCUGUGUUAGGGUCUGCACGGACCUGUUUUUGAAUUUAAAUGCUUAAAAGAACCACUUAAAUUAGCUUUAACUUUGUCAGGAUCCUCUAUUUCAACAAAAUAAAAAAAUAAAAAUUAAAUUGACUAAAUUGUAAAAUGCUCACCACACUAGUGUUGUGUCGUUCGCGAACGAUUCGCCCAUACCGCCAAAAGCACCAAAACCUGGUUUGAUAUCCACGCCAUCGCCAUGCUUAACUGGCCAGCCAACUUGCCAAACCUAAACCCCGUUAAGAAUCGAUGGGGUAUUAUCAAGAGGAACACCAGAAUCCAGAAAGAGUGGAACGAGGCGGGAGUCACAGUUUCAAAAAACCAGUAAAGUGUGAAUGAGGGACACCAAACCUAAAAACAAAGAAGAGCUGACAGCAGAUAUCGAGGAAAUCUGAGCUUCCAUAACUUCCAGGCAAUGCCACGGCGCGUUGAGGCAGUGAUUACGGCGAAGGGAUUCCCAAUAAAGUAUUGAAGAUGGACAUAUUGUUUUGAAAGUACCAUAUCCUGGUUGAUUUGAUGUGAUCCUAAUUUCUUUACUGAGAAGUAAAUGGUGAUUUCGACAGUAUUCAAAUUUUUUGAAUUCCUGUUUUCGUGGGUUUGAUGAGCUGGAAUCAUGUAAAAACAAACAAAUAAAUACUUGAAAUCUUUUAAAUUGUGGGCCCUGAAUCUAUAAUCUAUGAAAGUUUAACUUUUUGAGUGGAAUUAUGGAAAUAAAUAAACUUUUUCAUGAUAUUCUAAUUUUUUGGAAAGGGUCUGUAAGUGUUCAAAUGAUAGCUGAGGUUCGACAGUCCUCUCAUAGUCAUGAAACUGCUGCUAAUACUGGACUGUCCUGGUCUGCAGACUAAAGUCAAAGAGGAGAGCAGGCUCGCCGUCACCGUUCACCAAAUCGACGAAGAGGUGUCUGUGGUACCUCGCGGCGCCUUCGUCAGGAGCCUUCACGGCCUCGUCCAAGUCAACCGCAGCUUCGGAGGUAAACACAGCAGACGGUUAAACCACAUACAGAAUUCAUGUUGUGAUCAGGUCUGAGUAACACGGUUUGUUCCUCAGGUCUGUCUCACUCAGAAGCAGCAAAACUUGACAACUUCCUUCACUUCAGAAAACCAAAGAACCUGAAGAAGAAAUCUAUCAUGGAGUUUGGCGAUUUGACCCCAGCUCUGGACUUCAUGGAUGUUCUGAGCGAUGACGUUCCGAAAGGUAAAAAUGACAGUUGACCCCACCUCACUGUGCACCUAUGUCACCUGGAACUCUGAACACAGCUUAUCUGAGCGUUUAUUAAGACAAGAGCGGGCCAGACGGUCCUUUUUCCACAAUAUUUAGUGUCUUCCAGCUUCAGUGCUCAGUUACACCCAAAUGAACCGUUGUUUUGCGUCAACUCAUCCCUGUGAUUCAACUCAUUGAAAGGUAAAAGGCGAGUCUUCCAGUCAGAAACAACUGAAUCAUUUUGACAGUGAAACGGUUGAAUAAGCAGAGCUCGUAUUGAUUGGAUAAAUUCCUGAAACUUCUGAUGUCAGCCUCCCUUUCCCUGGUAAAUUAGAUUUUCUCGGAACAUGCUGCAAGAAUUUCCCUUUAGCUUUGCCAAACACCAGCGGUCUUACAACCACACGACUACCGUUGGAUUAGGAAAAUGUCGACCCGCCUACCACGAGUCUGACUUCAUGCUUUUUUUGGGGAAAAUUACAGAAAAUGAGGCUUUUAUCAGUGAAUACCACACAAAUUAGGAGCAAAGACCACCGGGGACUAAGCUGAUAUGAAAUGAUUAAUGGGAUUGUUCAAACAGUUCCAGUAGCUGAUUGUGCCAAAUAUGGGUAGUCUUAAAAUGUAGAGAUUGCAAAACUUUUUACAUUCAACACUUUGUUUUAUGUCAUUAAGGUCACGAAUUUAUAAGGAGUCUAUAAGAUCAGUGGGUAAAGAAAUCUGGAGGAAUCAAAACCAGGAGAAAACAUGGAUAGUGCGAAGACGAUCAUGUGAAUUGAGGCGUUUCUUGCAGGUUUUAGUGAAGUCGCUCAGCUGGAUGCUCUCCAGGCCGCAGUAAAUUUAGUUAAAGUCUCUGGGUGUACAAGUGUUUGUGUGCGAGAGGAGAAAUGUUUAGCGCCCCCGUGACUAAACAUGCAACAGAUGUGUGUUUUAAGAGGGCUUCCACAUGUGUAAAUGUUUGUGUGUGUUCUCUGAGCUGAUACGGACGUCCACGGUGUCAUCACGGCUACACGGACACUACACAGCUGUCUCGGCGCCACACUCACCGCAACGUAUCGCAUGCAACUUCUGCAAAAAAAGAAAGAGUUGAGGUUUUGUGAAGGGGACUCUGGGGGGAAAUGCAGCAUGAUGUAUAUCCACUAAAAGACAGGUGCUUCCCUCCGGGGCCGCCCCCUCUGUUUUCAGCUCAUGAUUUAUAGCUUUACAUCUCCUCUAUGCAGUGGCAAUAAAACCUGGACAACACAUGUUGCAGAUUACAAACGGCAUAAAUACUCGGACCUGCAGUAAAUCAGACUCGGAGGACGAGAUAAAACAGUUGUGCAACUGUCUGUUUCUUUGGACUCAUCUUCCCUUUGUGCAGAAAAACACAUCAAACGAGCUUCAUGUUUACAUAGUAGCAGAGCCACGCUUUGUUCUGGAGUCUCCGGGUCUCGGGUUCACGGUCACACCCAAACAUAUUGUGAAACACUUAAACUUUAAAUAUGAAAACGCACAAAGGGUUGAUUUAUCGGAGUAUCCCUCCGCCUUAUCACGCAUGUGAACGGAAUAAUCUCGGCUGAAAAGACAGAUUACUGCAGCCUCUAUUGUCGUUCAGAUAAUGACGUUCACUUUACGUCAGCUGUUUACUGAAGUCGUCUUUUGUUUUGCGCAGGAUCCUGGAGUCUUCAGUUCGAGUCUGCAGGUACGACGUGUGUGCUGCGCAGCCUGCUGUGGCUCGGCCUGACCUUUUACCACGUACCGAUGACGCCGCAGCACGGCUACGUCUACAUCGGAGAUGGGACCAAGAACCUGAACCUUCCCUUCAUGCUCUGAGAAGUCUUCGAAUUGACUCUUGGAAUGUAAUUCAUGCAACAUGCAGCAUUACUUUUGAUAAUCUUAUCUUGAACUAAUAAAGUCAAGAGGCACAGUUUGCAGA